GCUUUCCGCCGCUGCCGGGGACGCCGUGCCCGCUCCGCUCCGCUCCGCUCCGCACCAUGCAGCCGGCCGCGCUGGCGCUGGCGCUCGCCGCCCUCCAGCUGUGCACAGCUGGAUCCGCGCCGCGCCCCAGGCUCCGCCAGGUUCGUGGCUUCUCGUGGGAGGACUGUGGUGGCGGGAAGGAUCCCAUCGUACUCCAGAGUCUCUCCAUAGCCCCGGACCCCAUCCACAUCCCAGGGAAUGUGAAAGUCAGCGCGAGCGUCACCAGCUCAACUCCCAUGACCUCGCCUCUGAAGGGGGUCGUAACACUGGAGAAGAAGGUGGCCGAAAUAUGGAUACAGAUCCCCUGCAUCGACCAGAUGGGCAGCUGCACAUAUGACAACCUCUGCAGCAUCCUGGAUGACAUUAUCCCCCCCGGCCAGCCAUGCCCGGAGCCCCUGGUCACCUACGGCAUCCCCUGCCACUGCCCCUUCAAAGCAGGCUCCUACUCCCUGCCCACCAGCGACUUCGCCUUGCCUGACAUAGAGCUGCCCUCGUGGCUGACCAACGGCGACUACCGCAUCCGGGGUGUCGUGAGCUAUGGCGGCAAGGAGCUCUCCUGUGUCCAGCUGGAGCUAUCCGUCCACUCCGACUGAGGGCGGGUGGCCGCGGCUGACCCUGAGCUGUCUCCCCUGCUGCUGCUACCAUCCCUCCUUCCUGCUCCCUGUCCUGGGAGACACGCUGGGGGUGGUGGGCAGCUGCCCUGCUGUCAGUCCGAGCCACCUUGUGCACCCCAUGCUGUAGAGCAAAGUGUCCUGCCUCCCCGUCCCCUGGGGUGCCGGCCAGCGGUGCCCCAUUCAGCUCCCUGUACCAGCUUCGGGCCUCACCCAGGGUCCCCUGAAGUCAGUAGAAAGACCUAGGACAGACCCCCCCAUUUCAGAGGACUUUGGACCAGGCUCUUGAAUCCCAGCGGGGUGGGCAGCCAGGCUCUUCCCACCCUGCCGCCUCCGGCCCGCGGAGAUCUGCUGACUCCUAAUCCCAUGCACAAGGCUUCCCAGGCGCGGAGCUACUUUCCAGGUCACCCCCCCAGCCUCCCACCAGAGCAAAGGCAGCUGUAAGGAGGCCUGAUGAAGUAGACACUUCAUGCCUGCUUGCAAUUAAACCGCUUUCCUAACACUAAACACUGCAUGCAUCUUCCUCCUCCCUCCAGCCAGGAAUAGCAGCAGCCAUCCAGCUUGCUGAAGUAAAACAAAAUGGGUCUUCAGACCCCUUCACGCACUUCGGCGGGAGCUGGGCCAAGCAUUAUAAUAGCCGUUCUUAAUGGAUAAAUCAGGGAGACACGCCAUGCUCGGGGUCUGCGGGACCAGCAGCCAGUCUGUUUUGUGGCGGUCCUUCCUAUGAGUCAGCCGCAGCAUGGAGCCCGUGUCUCGGCAGGUAGCCCCAAGAUCUGUGACAUCCUGUAACCUUCCCCGACGGGACCGAGCCAGGACAGAUCCAGUCCAAAGACAAUGUUGCUGGCCGUGAGGGGAAUCAAGCAGGCGGGCUGGGCUUGGCCUGCCAGCGCAACGGACCGUCGACUGCAUGGACGCGGCCUCUCGCCGGAGGAGAGAGACCAAGAAACAAGUGCCACAUUCCUUCCUCCCCCACGGGACCAAGAGACUCGCUCUACCAACAGAGGGAGAUCGGCUUCUGCAGUGCAGAUGUUUGCCUCUGGAAGGCAAUGCAGUACCUGCUUCCCGAGCACGCCGAAACGUGUUUGCUUAUGGAGCUGGCCCUCGGGUGCGCGCGGGAGACGCCCCACCGUGGCCGCACACCCUCUCCACUUAUCCUGUGCCCUCGGCUCGCACCCUGCCCUGGGGUUGUGCAACACAAGGAAGCAUGAGAUGCUAUCACCAUGUCUUCAAGUCCCCAUGCCGUAACCACUGCACGUCCUGAUCUGGCUCAGGGCUCGCUCUGUGCCAUACUCGCAACUGAAGGGCGGAUCUGCCUCCCAAUACUUUGCAAGCCUUUAACAACUACCUUCCCGCUUCCUGAGUUUGAUGCUUAACAGCCUCCCAAAUGACGUGCUAACCCUCUUGCCCACAGCCUCAUUGCUUGGUGUUUUCCUCGCUGGGUUUAAUGUGAGGAGAGCCACUGCCCUUAGCGGUGAGUUUUAAUAAAUCUUUUUACCUAGAA